AAUUAAUGCUCACUGCGCAUCAAUCCCUCCUGCGCCAGGGAAUUCUUGAUGCCCUCCAGUAGCAUCCCUUAGCUGUGCUGGAAGGAAAUAAUCACCAUGGCCGAGCCAACUGUCAAUGAAGCCUCCGAACUGACAUCCCCACACCAAAGCUUGGAGAUGCCGGCCCCCCCUUCACCGCCUGAUAACGAAGCUGAGGCGCCACAGGCGGUGUCUGCUAACCAGGAAGAAAAAGAGAAAUUAGACAGGGUCAUUCUGUCUGAUAUCGGCGUCGUGACCCUUUUGAACAGGUUGAAACAGAGCAUCUCAUCCGCCCGGGAAUUCGCGUCCUUUCUGCGCAAACGGUCGUCUCUCGAGGAAGACCAUGCUCAGGGGCUCAAGAAGCUUUCCCGUGCGCUGCACGAUUCGUCGAUGCGAUCGGAAAAUAGACAGGGGAGCUUUGCUCAGAGUUACGAUGAGAUGAACAGAAUACAUGACCGCAUGGCUGAUCAUGGACUCCAAUUCGCCGUAUCCCUUCAGCAAAUGUCUGAGGACUUGAAUGAGUUAGCCGCGAACAUGGAACGAGGUCGAAAGCAUUGGAAACAGAAUGGCUUGAAUGCGGAGAAGAGAGUGCAAGACGCAGAGGCUGCCGCCGAAAAGGCGAAGGUCAAAUAUGACAGCCUUGCGGAACAAUAUGACCGUGCCAGAACCGGUGAUCGCCAGCCUGGAAAGUUUGGCUUGAAAGGGCCGAAAUCCGCUGCGCAAUACGAAGAGGAUCUGCUCCGCAAAGUCCAGAAUGCAGAUGCAGAUUAUGCAAAUAAGGUGCAGGCCGCGCAGACGCAGAAACAGGAGCUUGUUGCGACUCUCAGACCGCAGGCGACACGCGCUCUCCAGGACUUGAUCAACGAGUGCGAUUCAGCGCUAACGCUCCAGAUUCAGAAAUUCGCCGCAUUCAGCGAGAGACUUUUGCUUGGAAGUGGUUUGUCAGUAAGCCCGUUGAAAAAUGAGGUCAAUGGAAAUACAGCCGCACCAAAGAGCCUCCGAGACGCCGCCCGCCAGGUUGACAACGAACGGGACUUCAAGGAUUAUAUUUUGAGCCAUUCCUCCAAGGUCAGCUCUAAUGCUACGACAAUCAGAUAUGAGCGUCACCCAGUAAGUGGAUAUCUGAUCCGAUUUCUAUUAGAAAAUCCAGGAACUAAUAGCUUUAAGACCCUUAUCACCCCUCAGUCCCAGAAUGCCAGUGCGCAUCCAAAGAGACAAUCUCUGAGUAUAAAUACUGCUCAAACGCCUCCUCCCCAGACUGCGGCACAGGCUUUCGCGCAAAUGACCCCUCAUCAUCCCCCUCCUCCUCCCGCCCAGGUCCAACAUGCUCCGCAGCCCCAGCACGCUCCACCAUCUUUUCAACACCCACACCAAGAAAUAUUUCUCACGCAGCCACCAGUGCAACAUCAUCCUCAGCCACCCUAUCCAACCUCAGCUCCACCUCACCAGCCCUACUCACCUGCGCAUACCCGUCCGUCAUUUAGCCUUGACCGUGCCGCCCCUCCUAGUAAUGCGGGCCAUCACCCGGAUCUCCCCCCAUUAAACCCAGUUUUUGGCGUCAGUUUGGAGGAUCUGUUCCUAAGAGACGGUACCGCAAUCCCCAUGAUUGUUUACCAGUGCAUUCAAGCAGUUGAGUUGUUCGGCCUGAAUGUGGAAGGGAUCUACCGACUAUCAGGGAAUACGCUGCAUAUCCAGCGGAUGAAGGCCCUGUUUGAUAAUGACUCGAGUAAGGUUGAUUUUACAAACCCCGAGAACUUUCACCACGAUGUCAACAGCGUAGCUGGUCUCUUGAAGCAAUUUUUCAGAGAAUUGCCUGACCCCCUUUUUACGAACGAACGCUACCAAGAUUUUAUCAAUGCUGCCCGCAAAGACGACGACGUCCAACGUCGGGAUACUUUGCAUGCACUAAUCAACAGUCUCCCGGAUCCCAAUUAUGCGACCCUACGGGCAUUGAUUUUGCACCUUAACCAUGUGCAAGAGCGGGCUUCUGAGAACAGAAUGAAUGCAGGGAACAUUGCUAUCAGCUUUGGUCUAACGCUUAUGGGCUCCAACGCUGGUCACAACAUUGCCGAUUCGGGGUGGCAAGCACGAGUAAUCGAGACUGUCUUGCAAAAUACGUUUCAAAUUUUUGAUGAUGAUUAAACGAGCAUCAGUUAUGCCUGUACUUGCCUCCUUGGAAUGUUUCAGAUACACCAUUUCAGGCAUAUCAUGAUUGGGGAUUUCAUCCUUUUGACUAGGAAGAUAACUAAACUCUGGAUUAGCAUUUUCAUUUUUGUAUUAGUUAAUAU